CACUCCUCCUUAGUAAAGAUUCUAAUGCCUUAUCACGGUAUCCCGUUUUUCACUAUAAAAAUAUUCAUUCAGACAAACAAUUUUUUUUAUUGCAUAGAAACUCAUUUGAUCUUUUAACCAUUUUUUUAUUACAGUUGCUUAAUUAGUCUUUCAACAACACAAUCAACCCCAAGAGUAAAAAGUGUCUUGCCAGAACCCAAACUUGUUCUUCAUUUCCCUCUCUGGCCAUCAUUUUGGGCUGUUCUUGGUCUGAAUUUCAACUUAUCAUGGCGACAACCAGUUUUGCUGCCUUGGAGCAUUCUUUGCAGAAUUUAUCACUUAUGAAUCAUGCCGGAAAGUCGAAGAUUACUACCCCUAGUGAUGAUGAUAACAUGAAAGAAGAAGAUACAACGGAUUUUAAUGACGGAAUUGAGCUUAAUUCUGAUAUCCCUCUUCCUUUGAAAUGGGAGCAAUGUCUUGAUUUGAAGACGGGUGAAGUUUACUACAGAAAUAAGGAAACUGGUAAGAAAUCAAGAAGAGACCCAAGGAAAGCGAUAACUAAGUUCCGGGGCCGAAAUGAUUAUUUGGUGAAAGAAGAAAACUCUUCUGAUAGUGAACAAAGAUCACCAUCUCCAUCAACAUCAUCAUCAAAGGCGAAGAGAAACGACACUCGCCGUGAUCAAGUUCUUGUGGUUGCAGGCUGUAAGAGUUGUAUGAUGUAUUUCAUGCUUCCCAAGUAUGUGGUUGAUUGUCCAAAAUGUUGUGGGAUCAUUCUUCAUUUUGAUCGAUUUCAAAAUGGGUCUUAAUUAUAUAAACAAAUCUAUUACUUUUUGAAAUUA